AUGGCGGAAGAACCUUCGGUGAAGAGGACCAAGACGGAGGACCUGGGAGCCGGGUCAGAGCCAGACGCGGCGGCGGCUGCGGCGGCGGCGGCGGCGGAAGAAGGGGAGAGGCCGAGCGGCGAGGUGACCGUCAAGAUACAGUCCAAAGCUCUCUGCUGCAGGAUCUGCUCCGAGCCCCUCAAGCCGCCCAUCUUCAAGUGUGCGGCUGGGCACGUUUUGUGUUCUCAGUGCCCGGAAAAGCUCCGUGAGGUUGGGCACGUUUUGAGACUGGGUACGUUCUGCGCUCUGUGUUGCAAAAGCACUAGCUAUUCCCGCUGCGUCGAGCUCGAGCAGUUCAUCGAUGCCAUGAAAGUGCCAUGCUCGAACCAAACAUACGGCUGCAACGAGUUCGUCGGCUACCAGCAGAAAGAGAAGCAUGAGAGUUCAUGCCCACAUGCUCCAUGCUACUGCCCAGAGGACAACUGCGCCUUCAAAGCGCCGGCAUGUUGCCUGCUGGACCACUUCGUCACCGCACACGGAUGGUCGCCGACCAACUUGGGUUACAACAAGCCACUGAAGAUCCCCUUGGCACGAGACCGCCGGUUCACGCUUCUAGUUGGGGAGGACAUGUCCUUGUUCCUCCUGAUAAACACCCUGACCAGCAUCGGCAGUGCUCUCGCCGUGGUCUGCGUCAGGCCCCAUGAGUCUGAACCGAGCUAUUCGUGCAACAUCUCGGCUGCUGGUGGGAAAACCGAUGGGAGGCUUGUGUUCCAGAAGGAUCCUCACGUGUCAAGCAGCUCGCUGGCGGGUGGAGUUCAGAUGGGCAACUUCUUCUUGCUGGUUCCUCUGGAAUUCGCCGAGAGCUCAUCUGCUUAUGUAACACAGUUGUCCCAAUGGAAGACGCUCACCAUUGCCAGAUCAUUAGCUCCCUUCAGUGAGGGUUCAUCCUGUCUCGCUGAAUGCGAACAUAGGGGUGCCCACAGAGGACCUCCUAUAUGUCGCUCAUUGCGGCAAAGAGUCGGCGUUUCACAUAGGGCGGGACCUCCUAUAUGCCGCUCAAUGCGGCAAAGAGUCGGCGUUUCACACAGGGCGGCUCAGCUGGGCCUGCCCAUUUGCAGUGACACGGGGAGGCGUCGUGUUAGCGAAGUGAAAAACGCAGAAAAAAGAGGGCACGGGCAAAGCUUCUUUGGACGGAGGAAGUACAAUUUUGAGGCUAUUGAUCGUGGUUCCUAA